GUUGUCGCCAACUUGAUACAUUCACAGCAACUCCUGAAACGGCGUCAGUGACAGUUAGUGUCUUCGUUAUACAGCUGCUGGGAAGACCUCCAAGAAGAGCUGAAGAAGUGGACGCACAGGCCCAGCUGCUCCAAGUCCUCUCUGGGACCGUACAGCUCUCCUCUGACAUGGAAUAAAUUUUGGAAAGUUCCUGUCACAACACAUCUACACGUCUACACGUCUUUUCCUUUUUUGGAUCUUUGAAGGAGUGUCACACCUUGCCAGAGUUGGACAGUCAUGAUGAUGAGCAUUGAAGUCCAGCAACAGGGGUUUAGCUCAUGACUGAAAACCAUGAAGCAGCCAGGGAAGUGACCUCGGUGGACACCACAGCCUGAGGGUGCCACACGCCAUGGCAUCCAACGAGAGACUGUACGAGGUCUGGAUGCUCUACUACACUAAGAGGGAUCCAGACUACUUGAAGCUAUGGCUGGAGAUUUUCAUCAGCUCCUAUGAGCGAUGCCUGGAUGUGGACUUUGAAAAGCCAUCUUCCAGGCCAGAGGAGGUUCCCCCGGUGCUGACCCUCCUCCCAGACAACAUCCUGCAAGUUUUACGCCACCAGCUGCUGCAGUGCGUCCAGAAAGCCUCUGAUGGCCUGGAGCCUGAGCAGCAAAACCUGGCUCUGCUGCUACUCAAGUUCCUGAUCAUCAUCUGCAGGAACCUGUCCAAUGUGGAGGAGAUUGGCACUUGCUCUUACAUCAAUCAUAUCAUCACCAUGACAACACUCUAUAUUCAGCAGCUCAAGAGCAAGACCAAAGAGAAGGAGAUGGCAGACCAGAGCCAGGCGGAGGAGUUUGUCCGUCAUGCGCUGGCCUUCUGCGAAAGUCUCUAUGACCCUUAUCGCAACUGGAGGCAUCGAACCUGCGGGGAACAGCUGGGUACAGUAGAGAGGAGCAGACAGAAGUACAAGGCAGCUCCACUCACUGUUGAGUUUGUUCCCUUCUUUUACCAGUGCUUCCAGGAGAGCGAGCACCUGAAGGAGAGUCUGAAAUGCUGUCUGUUGCACCUGUUUGGAGCCAUAAUAGCUGGUGAUCAGAGGAACGCUCUGCUUGCCAUCUCUCCAGCCACCAUGGAGGUGUUGAUGCGGGUGCUGGCUGACUGCUCCAUGGGUAACUGCUCCUCAGAUGAGGGCGAGGACUGGGACAGUGAGGCCCCCGACCGAAAGGCGUUGCUGACUCUGGGCUGCCUGAGAGAGGUGGUGCAGCGCCUCCUGGCCUCCAGCUCUGAUCAGCGGCAAGUGGAAAUCGCUUCAGUGCUGGAAAACUACUUUAAGCUACUCAACUCUGACCCGGCAGCUGUGGUUGCUGCUCGACAGCAACAGCAACAGCAACAACAGCAACAGCAACAGCAACAGCAACAACAGCAAGCCCAGCCACCUGGGCUCGACACUGUGGAGAGACAUGUUCCUGUAACAGACAGGCCAGUUCUACAAGCCAUCUUCCUCAACAGAAAAUUAUUGUUUUACACGACACGGCCAGAACAGAAUAGCAAGCUGGUUAAUGCUAGGUGCACGGCGGCAGACAAGGACCAGAAAGAUAUAACCAACAACAGGUUACUGACAGGAGAGAGGGACAUUCAGGUGUUUCAAGGGCGACUAGACUCCCUCGCUGUGGCAACCAUCAAAGCCUUGACAACAGUGAUGCACAAAUCACCAGCUGCGAAGGAGGUAUUCAAGGAGAGGAUUGGUUACAAUCAUCUGUACGAAGUGCUCAUCUCACUUGGGCAGCCAUCCCGACACCUUCUCAAAGAGCUGAUGAACAUGGCUGUGGAGGGUGAGCACACCUCAGUGGGGCUCCUGGGCAUCAGUAAUGUGGAGCCCUUGCUACUGCUGGUCCAGUGGCUCCCGGAGCUGGACUCAUCGGAGCUGCAGCUUUUUACAGCCGAUUGGCUCCGCCGCCUCAGCUGCCUCAAUCGCCAGACCCGUGCCACCUGUGUCAAUGCCACCAUGGUCAUGCAAGCACUGGCUGCCUUGGAACGCCACCAACGCCUACAUCGAGCUUGUGCUGAGAGCCUACUGGGACUGGUGGGCUCACUGGGCUCCCAGUCCUUGAGUGCCAGGGAACUGCUGGGGCUCCUGCGCCUCCUCAGGCCUCCAGAGUCCAGCCAAGCACACCCCUAUGUAGGUCCUGCCCUGAGAGCUCUCCUGGCCAUGGUACGCAAGCAGGGCCUGGAGAGUGCCAUGCAAUACUUUGACCUGUCACCCAGCAUGGCUGGCAUUGUCGUUCCAACAGUGCAGCGCUGGCCAGGCUCUGCCUUCAGCUUCCUUGCCUGGUUGUCGCUGGACCAGGACCAGUUGGGCCCACCCAGCAAGGACAAGAGGAAACAGCUCUACAGCUUUUUUACCCCAGGAGGGACGGGGUUUGAGGCCUUCAUUAGCUCAGUGGGUGUGCUAGUGGUGGCUGUAUGCACAAAGAAGGAGUAUGUCACGGUCAUGCUGCCUGACUACUGCUUCUGUGACUCUCUCUGGCACAGCAUCGGUGUGGUGCAUGUACCAGGAAAGAGGCCAUUUGGUCAGAGUCUCGUCUACAUUUAUGUUGAUGGACAGCAGAAACUGUCUGCCCCUCUUAAGUAUCCCACAAUGACAGAGCCGUUCACGUCCUGUUGCAUCGGCUCAGCAGGCCACCGCACCACAACUCCCCCGCCCUCCCAGAUUCCAGACCCUCCCUUCUCGUCCGCCACCACACCCACCACUCGCUCCUCGCUGGGUGGCAUCCUGUCGCCGCAGACCUGGGGGGGACUGCUCGGGGGAAAGUCUGAGUCUGUGACCAAGCUUAUCUCUGCAGGGACACAGGACAGUGAGUGGGGAAGCCCCACAUCCCUGCAGGGCCAGCUGGGAAGCGUCAUGGUAUUCCAUGAACCCCUGCAGCCCAAUCAUAUGAAGGCCAUCUGUAGUGCUGGUCCAAACUGCAUCUCUCCAUUCAAAGCCCAGGAGUCAGAACUUGGCGACCUUUCAACCAAACUGCUGCUGCACUACUCACCCAAGGCUUGUAGGAACCCUAUCUGUCUAGAUCUGUCUCCAAACAUGCUGCAUGGACGCCUGACCGGAAAUAAGGUCGUCAACUGGGAUAUCAAGGAUAUGAUCAACUGUGUGGGUGGCCUGCCAGUGCUAUUCCCUAUACUGGAGCAGUUGGCCCUGGUGACCCCUGAUCAUCACGCCAGUGAUCCUGCAGCUGGUUCAGAUCUCAUUGCCCCUGAUGUGACAACGCCAGCUGAUGGAGACUGGGUCAUUCUCCCAUCCAACAGAGCCUCAGAGGCUCGCCUGGAGAAAAAUCUGGUGGCCACCUUCCUGUUGGUGCUGAAGCAUUUCCUGCAGAGACACCCAAUCAACCAGGAGAAUCUGCUUCACUCGCACGGUGUCAGUACACUGGGAGCACUGCUUCAGAAGCUGCCAAUGGGUCAUGUGGAUGUCAGCGUGCUUGUUGCUAUGCAGCUGCUGAUAGAACAGGUGACAUAUGAGAAGAACCAGGCUCUGCUGCAGCAGUUUCACACUCACCUACUGUUCAAUUUCAACAUCUGGAACAAAGGAGACUUCCCUCUACGCAUUGGUCAUAUCCAGUACAUGUCCACCGUCAUCAAAGACAACAGGAAACAGUUCAGGAAAAAAUAUGGAGUUCAGUUUCUGUUGGACACCGUACGCCUUUAUUAUGGGAAGAACAGUAAUAAAGAGAGUGACCUGAGUGAGGAGGACAUUCGUACCAUCCGGGCAUCUCUCUGCGGCCUCGUUAAGUACUACAUCAGCAAGGGCAUGUCACAGGAGGAGAUGCACAGCCUUCUGGGAUACAUUGCUGCCAUCGGAGAUGAGGACCAGCUGUGUGGGCUGCUGGAGUUGUUACUUAGCCUUCUUCAGAGCAGUCCGGCCAGGGACCAACUCUUCCUACUCCUCUUUGAGCCCGGGGCGGCCGACUCCUGCUAUGCUCUCCUGCUGAAUAACAAACACUCAGACCGACUCAGAGAGCUUGUCUUCAAGCUAUUUGAGCGCAUGUUGCGCUGCGACCGCGUCUAUGAGAAGAAUAAGCAGCGUUUGCGGCUGAGAGAGUCAGGUUACGCCGGCCUGUCCCUGCUCUUCUCUGAGCUUCACAUCACUCCAACCCUGAUCCGCUGUCUCCUAAACCAGAUCCUCCACACAGAUCAAGUGGUGAACUACAAGGACCUGAUGUCUCUGAUGCAGCUCACUCACCGGGCCGGACCCACCGUGCGCCUCAUCGUCUGCAAGAGGGUGUACCAGCUGUUACAGUCCCAACAGGAUGCUGCCGUCCAGAUCUCCAAGCAGCAAUGUUGGCAGGACACCCUCAUGCGGCUAUACCUGCGGGGUGAAGGGUCCUUGCUGCUGCGGAGUGCUGACACUGUCAGCACCUGCAGCCUGGACCUGAGUCGGCCCAGUGGCAGCAGCACGCACCGCCUGGAACUGCCGUUGGAGAAGAGGGCACGGGCAGGCAGCGCCGGCCGCCUGGACCGGCUAGAAGAUGACCGGCUCAGCAUAGGUGACACGCGCUCUGUGGACAGCCUGGAGAACGGCGACGUUAUCUCGCUGCUGGACACGCCAUCUUCCUCUGCCUCCACUGAGCCACAACUCCACGUCAAGCCCUGGGUUGUGGGGAAAUCUGGCGGCCUGACGCUGGAUCUGUCUCACUUGCAGGCCUACGAGGGUGCAGAGAGUGGCAGCCAAACACCCGGGAGCAUGCCCAGCACUCCGUCACCACUGGAGGCUUCAAAGCCUUUCCCAGGAAGCUCUGGGGAUCGAGAUGCAACUUCCUCCCUGACUGAAGACAGCUUCCUCUUCAGUGACAACAUCUCACUGGGGGAAUCCUUCAACAAUGCUGAGCGGGCAGAGGAGGAGCUGUGCAGCAUGCUGCUGGAGAUAGUGCUGUGUGUGAUGUGGCGAGGCGUAGAGGGUUCAGAUGACUCGGCGUGGCUGGAGCGCGGCCAGGUCUUCUCAGGUCUCACCAAACUGGGAACAGCCAAUGAGCUGCUGCUUCCUGUCGACCAAAUCAAACUCAGUCUAAUGGAGCGUAUGUUGGAAUGGGCAGUGAGUGAUAACCGCGAGUCAUCAGCCGCCACGUUGCCACAACAUACGGAGAACGCAGUGCGUUUGCUUCACAUGGUACAAGACUUCCUGCAGGCGGAGGGGCUGGUCAAUCCAGCGCUUUGGACAGAGAAAGUGCUAGAGGAGACUGUGACGCUGAUGGACAGCCUCAUGGUGUGGUACUCUGCUGGCACCCAGUGGUUCCAGCUCUCCCAAGUUGGACUGAGACUCUUGCUGGGCUUCAUGGCCCAGGAGGACCCCGAGGUGUGUGCCAUGGCCACUGCCAAGCUCAAUGGCAUCCUGCAGACCAAGGAGGUGUCCAGCCAGGACGAGGCCUGCUACCUGCUAGGGAAGGUGGAAUGCAUCCUGCGACGAUCAAUCCAGGAGGAAAUGGAGGAGACCUACUCCUUCCUGGUUCCUCUGCUGCGAACGCUGCUUUCCAAAGUCCACCGCCUCCUCUACAUGGAGUUGCACCUCCCCCAGCUCCCUGACACCAAUGGCAGCCCGUCCUUCUUUGAGGACUUCCAGCUGUACUGCAAGUCACCUGAGUGGCGCGUCUACCUCGACAAAUAUAUUAUUCCAUACAUGAAGCAGUAUGAAAUUGAAACUUUCAGCCAAGGCCAUGAGACCAUGGCUCUGUACUGGAAAGAGUGCUAUGAGGCUUUCAUGGUCAGCCUGCAUAAGAGAGAGAGGGAGAGGGGCGAGAGCAAGAUCCGCUUCCAGGAACAAUUUGUGGAGCCCUUUUCACGCCGAGGCCGUCAGGAGAACCUACGCUACAACAGCAUGUUAAAGCAGCAGCAUAGCCAGAACAGCUCCACCCUCAGGCAGUGGAAGGCAGCACGGCGGGGUCUGGUGUGUGAGAGAGGGCCCUGGGCUGACAGGCAGCAGGAUGAGAUGCACUGGAGGGUGUCCAGUGCUGAGAACUACUCCCGCAUGAGGUUGAAGCUAGUCCGUAAUUACAACUUUGACCCUCACCGAGAGGCCAGCGCUCUGAGAGACAACCUAGGUGUCCAUCAUCAGCGUGUAAACCCAGAGUCUCUGCUGCUGGAGGCUGUGAAGCAGGUCAAAGUCAGUGACCUGGAAGACGACAUCCUGGAGCUGCCGGAGGAUGACCCUGCUGCUGCCAGCAACCAGGCUGAGGCAGAGGAAGCAGGCCAGAAGGAGAAACUGGUGCUGUGGGAGGACUGUGAGUUGGUGACGGUGGUGGACGUGGUGCCGGGCCGCCUAGAACUCACCACCCAGCACAUCUACUUCUACGACAGCAGCCAGGAGAAAGAGGAAGGAGUUGGCCAUGACUUCAAAUGGCCCCUCUCUCAGAUCCGAGAGGUCCACCUGCGACGAUAUAACCUGCGUCGCUCUGCUCUGGAGAUCUUCCUCAUCGACCAGACAAAUUACUUCCUCAACUUCAAGAAAGAGGCGAGGAACAAGGUCUAUAGCCGCAUGUUGCUGCUGAGAUCUCUCAGCCUUUAUGGAACCCGCUCACCGCAGGAGCUACUCAAAGCCUCUGGACUCACGCAGAAAUGGGUGAACCGGGAGAUUUCCAACUUUGACUACUUGAUGCAACUCAACACAAUUGCAGGCAGAACGUACAAUGACCUGGCUCAGUACCCAGUGUUUCCCUGGAUUCUAGCUGACUACACUUCAGAGGAGCUGGACCUGUCUGAUCCUCGGGUAUUCAGGGACCUGUCAAAGCCAGUGGCGGUGCUUAAUGAACGCAAUGCCAAGGCUGUUAGAGAGAAAUAUGAAAGUUUUGAGGACCCAACAGGCACCAUCGACAGGUUCCAUUAUGGCACCCAUUACUCAAACGCUGCUGGGGUGAUGCACUACCUGAUUAGAGUGGAGCCUUUCACCUCCCUGCACAUCCAACUGCAGAGUGGACGGUUCGACUGUGCGGACCGCCAGUUCCACUCUAUCCCAGCGACAUGGCAGACCCUUAUGGACAAUCCGAACGACGUCAAGGAACUCAUCCCAGAGUUCUUCUACUUCCCAGAAUUCCUAGAGAACCAAAAUGCCUUUGAUCUGGGUCGCCUGCAGAUUUCCAAAGAAAGGGUGAAUGAUGUUGUUCUGCCCAAAUGGGCCAAGUCCCCUGAGGACUUCAUCUACAAGCACCGCAAAGCCCUGGAGUCGGAGUAUGUAUCAGCACACCUUCAUGAGUGGAUCGAUCUGAUCUUUGGUUACAAGCAGAGGGGCCCUGCAGCAGUGGAGGCCCUCAAUGUCUUCUACUACUGCACAUACGAGGGGGCAGUGGAUCUGGAUGCCCUCACUGAUGAAAAGGAGCGGAAGGCCCUGGAAGGCAUGAUCAGCAACUUUGGACAGACACCCUGCCAGCUCCUCAAGGAGCCGCAUCCAGUGCGUCUGUCUCAAGAGGAAGUGGAGAAGAGGAAAGCUCAGCUGGACUCAUGUCCUCUCAGCAUGUUCGAACACCUCAGUGACCUCAAGUCCUUCUUUGUUGAGGGGAUCAGUGACAACGUGCCGCUGGUUAAGGCCGUGGUGCCAAAGAAUCAGUCCCAUUCUUUCAUCAGCCAAGGGAGCCCCGACACUAUGGUGACGGUGAGUCAGAACUGCCUUGUUGGGACCCAUGGGUGGCUGCCUUACAACAAGAAUAUCUCCAACUACUUCACCUUCAUUAAGGACCCCACAGUGUCCAGCACCAAGACCCAGCGUUUUCUGUCAGGACCCUUCGCCCCCGGUGUAGAGGUAACAGCGGGGCUGUUUGUGGUCUCCCAUGAUGGCAAGUUGCUCUUCAGCGGUGGCCAUUGGGACAACAGCCUCCGGGUCACCUCCCUGGUCAAGGGCAAGACUGUUGGACAGCAUAUCCGACACAUGGACAUUGUGACAUGUUUGUCAACAGACCACUGUGGCAUUCACCUGAUCUCCGGCUCCAGAGACACAACCUGCAUGGUGUGGCAGGUUCUGCAGCAGGGUGGAGCUCCUGUGGGUCUCCAUCCCAAGCCGGUUCAGGUGUUGUAUGGACACAUAGAUGAGGUGGUUAGUGUCAGUAUCAGCACAGAGCUUGAUAUGGCUGUGUCUGGGUCACGGGAUGGCACAGUGAUCAUCCACACAGUGCGUCGGGGUCAGUAUAUGCGUUGCUUACGACCGCCCUGUGACAGCUCCCUGCCACUGUCCAUCCUCCACCUGGCCGUGUCCUGGGAGGGUCACCUGCUAGUCCACACCUGCCUCGAGGGCAAAGCAACACUCAAGGAUAAAAACGCCCUUCAUCUUUACUCUGUAAAUGGAAAGCACCUCUGCAGCGAGCCUCUGAAGGAGCAGGUGACUGACAUGUGUGUUUCUGGGGAGUAUGUGGUCAUCGGCAGUCAGCAGGGAUACCUGUCCAUCCGAGACCUCUACAGUCUAUCUCUGUGUUCGGAGCCCAUGGCCAUGCGGGUGCCGGUGCGUUGCGUCUCGGUCACCAAGGAGCAGAGCCACGUGCUGUUGGGCCUGGAGGACGGCAAGCUGAUCAUCGUGGGCGUGGGCAAGCCGGCGGAGAUGCGUUCGGGCCAGAUCACACGGAAGCUGUGGGGCUCCAGCAAGAGGCUGACCCAGAUCUCUUCGGGGGAGACGGUCUACAACACCCAGCACGACCACAACUGACCCAUCCCAGUCCCCGAGCCCCAAACCCUUCCCCCCUCCACGCACAUUCUACAUUCCUGUCACUUGGUUUGCUCCAUACUUAUCAGCCACCAAACAGGUUGCCUCAUUCUCUCCUUAGGAGCUCCCUUCAGUUCCUCCAGCACCUUUCCACAGUUUCAUGGGUGGUGGGCAGCUGUUUUGCGGUGCUAGAGCAUCAAAUAUCACGUCUGCACAUGUAUGCGUCUGUUGAUGUUUUCUUUGCGUGCAUUCCCGCUUUGGAUUGACCGUGCGGCGCUGGCGCCGUGGUUCAAAUCCAGAACUAGCGACAGCCUCGGCACCACCACACCACUACCCACCACUCCCUGACUUCUCUCUUCACUUCUCAGCUGGUCAUCAUUACAUUGACAUCAACCUACACGCUAUUGUUUCUCCAGCAGGAGUGUGUGUCCACAUAGGCACUGUGUAUUCUCCGACCCGCUCAGCUAAAAUUUGACAGGAUCGGUCAGCUAACUGCUCUCCCGUAUGUUUGUUUGUUUGUGCGUGUGCGUGAGUGCAUAGUGUAUAACCAUGCUCUAUCUCAAAAUAUAGUUUCAAGUGGCCUUUUCGUCCCCCCUUAGUUUGCCUCCGAUGCAGACAGGCGGGCCUGUGCUCUGUAGGCCGAUACUUUUCAUGGUUGCCUCAAAGCUGCCGCACAGCAGCCUUAUGCAGUAAGACGGCUCCAUCUCUCAUAAGACCAAACUUUCUGCCUUUGCCAUGUAUUUUUAUAUGUGUGUGUGUGUUUGUGAUUUUAAUCUGUUGGGUUUUUUUUCCUUUCUUUUUUUUUUAAAUUGUGCAUUUCUUUGUUGUUGUUGUUGGUUGUGGUUUUUCUUUUUGUUUUUUGACAAAUUUAUGCAUGUGCCCAGCAACUUGGCAUCUGUUCGUAUGCACAUUAUUUUGAGACUAGGUAGCGACACGGUGAUGGAGAAGUCUUUUUUUUAAUUUAAUUUUUUUUUUUUUUUAA